CGUAAUCAACUUCGUCUACGCCGUCUGCCGACUGAUUAUCAAUUCAGUGCCUCCGCCUAGACAUCCCCACCCUCUGUAGGUAGAUGUUCGAUAGCCAGAAAUGGCAAAAAUAGUGGAUCAGUGCUAUGAAAUACACUGCUCUCUCGACCGCGGAUCGAAAUGGAUUUAAAACAGAGACCAGGCCAAUCGAGCCGCACACAUUGCGCGCAAGCGCGCUUCGAUAACCUACUGUCGCAAGGAGCGCGGCUUACCUGUCGUAGUCGCAGAAAAAUGUUUUAGUAAGGUUGUAGCUUCGCUCGAUCUUCGUUGUGAGUGAUCUCUUUAAACUUUAAUUCUUGAAGUAAAAUGACUCAGAUGUAAAAAGUGAAGAUUGUUGUCAUGAAAUGUCAUCGAAACUCGUUGAUCCACGCUUGACGUAUGAUAAUUCGAUAUUGUUAUUAUCAUUGUAAAAACGCAAAUUUGUAAAUAUGUAUGAAAAUUUGGUGAUAAUAAUCGAAGAAGGGUAAAUGUUCCGCGCGAAAGAGAUAUUUUCCUUGAAUUAUUUUCGUGAUAAAGGAGCUUCUGGGAAAGGGGUCGUUCAUCGACUCUUUCAACUUCUUUUUUCGUAAUCGAAUCGUCCAAACAAUGCAGAUAACGAGCCUGAAAGUAUAUAAAAUUAAAGUGUAAAGAGAUUUGCGAGGAAAAAGAAAGGCGCCUGCGCUCGAUACUAACCUGCUGCGAUUUAACGUGAGUACGGAGGUACUCGAUAUACUUUCCACAUCUGUUAGGAAGUUCUUACUAAAUGUACAAACCUGUGAAAUAGUAAAAUGAUAUUAUAAACGUAAACAAAUUCAACGAGAAUCGUCAAUAUUACAUCUACAUGCAGUCCGUUAACUAAUCGUAAACGAGUAACGAUAAUUAAUUUAAUAUAAAAGCUCAACACCUUCAACGGCGAUAAAUCACGAAAAUAAACAAAUAAUUAAUAGUAAAAUAAAAUUAGUUUAAGGAUAAUGUCAGAGAGUAGGUCAGCAUCUGCAUCCACCGAAGUAUUCUGGUUGGAGCCAGUGUCGAGGAGGGACGUGAGAAAUUCGCUUGACGACGUAGUUCACGGGAUUUUCAUCCCUUUGAGUUCUCCAAAAGCUAUCAGGGUAGAAUUAUGCAGCAGGAUCGUUGAGAAGAGAGGAUGCAGCUUGGAGAAGUGUCGUUGAACCGGAUUUACUCUGGUUGUUCGAUUUGGUGUUACCGUCAGCUACGUCCUCGACGUCGAGGUCGUGAGAUUCAGGAACGUCCUGGCUGGAUCCAGGAUCGGCCGCAGGAUGUUGGCGGAAAUGGUCCGACUUUCUUACCAGCAUCGAGCGUUCUAUUGCUAUGUCAUUCUCAGCGUGUGGAUCUUUCUCCUCGUUGCUGGUAUGUACAAGUACAUUGGAAUAGAUGAAAAGAGCUCAGUGCAAGCCAGAGUUCUAGACAAUGAUAUUUCCAUCAGGGAAUUUCCCAGGAAUUUGAAAACCGAUAUGAGAACCAAAAAGAUAUUUCAAUUUUGUAAUCCUCCAAGUGAUAUCACAGCAGAAACAGAAGGAAAAUUGGAUGGAAAUUUGACAUUGGGAGGGAUUUUAGUAUUUGUUCGGCAUGGAGACAGGGGUCCUUUGGCGCAUAUUAGAAAUAUAAGCAUAGUAAAUUGCGGUGGAGAUUUUAAUUCCAUACCUGAAUUAGAAAGUUUAUACCAGAACUAUGUGAACUUCUUGCAAAAUGUCUCCAGCUACUCCAGAACUGCUUGGGCACAAUUCUUAGGUCCAUUCCAUGGUUUUCCUAUGCUGCCCAGCAACUCUAAAGAUUGCAGAAUUGGUCAGUUGACUACGCUUGGCAUUGGACAAUUGUUAAAAACUGGAAUCGUACUUAGAAAUGCUUAUUAUCACAAAUUGAAUCUGGGAAAUGGUUCUAUAUCCAGCAAAGACAUUGUUGUGUAUAGCACUAGGUAUCGAAGAACAGUCCAAAGUGCAGUUGCUUUACUCUAUGCCCUACUAGAGACAGAUGGUUUCCAAAAUCUAGCCAAAAUAACUAUGCAAGAAAGUCAAAGCUAUGCUUUUUGUAACACAGACUGUGCGUGUCCCGCCGCUGAAAAAUUCUUCAAACAGCACCUAAAAGAAAUGUCUGAUCAUUUGAAAUCUCAUCCAGCGGUGGCUGAGCUUAUACGACAGGCUUCCAAUACAGUCUUUGAGAUCCCUGAUCAAGCCCAAAUGACAGAUCCAAAUACUUUGAAGGAUGCAUUGUUAACAUACAUCUGCCAUGGUGCUUCCUUGCCCUGCAUAGAUUUUAACACUCAGAGGGUUUGUGUGAAGACUGAACACGUAACAGGUUUGUUCACUUAUACAGAAUGGGAGUCUAAACAAGUGGCAAAGAGCAGUAGCCGUAGAAAAUAUGGAUUGCUAAGAGCUUAUGGACUACUUCGAAAUAUCGUUUCCUACAUGCUACGAAUUAUCUCCGAGGCCAAACCCAAAAUAGUUUUAUACUCUGGCCAUGAUAAAACACUGGAAUACCUCGCAACCGCUCUUGGAAUUUUUUCUGACAAGUUGACUAUGCCACAUUAUGCUUCCCGCUUCGUAAUCGAGGUCUAUCGGAUAAAUCCGAAGAACGAAAACCACGUAGCCAGUGAUUUCUACUUCCGGGUGGUGAUCAAUGGAAAAGAUUUCACCCAAAAAAUUCCGUUCUGUAGAAAUGCAAAUUUUUACAGUGUCAGUUACAUCGAGCGCAAUGAAGUGGAAAAAACGCGGCGAGAUUCGAAAUUGUGCCCGAUUGAGACGAUCAUCAGACAACUUCACGACGAUUAUUUCGGACCAUUCAAUGCAACUAACUUCAAGGAUGCGUGUACCAAUCAUAAGCGCGGAUAAUUAAAAGAUCGGUUUUAAAAUUUCCAGAUAAAAAUUUUUUAUCAAAGGCUAUAGUUUGUUUAACACAUUGAUUGCCACGGUGGUGACACACGUUUUACUAAAUAUUUUAGGAUGCUUAAAAUAAUAUAAAUUUCAUGGAAAAGAUUUUCAACAACGUAAAUAACAGAUAAUAUUAUCAGUAAAAUCCGGAAUUUAACACAAAUUCAUAUUUUUAAAGUCAU